CCUGCUUUUCCCGUUGCCCAGGAUGGGAAUCCAUGGCCUGGCCAAGCUGAUUGCCGAUGUGGCUCCCGGCGCCAUCCGGGAGAACGACAUCAAGUCCUACUUCGGCCGCAAGGUGGCUAUCGACGCCUCCAUGAGCAUCUACCAGUUCCUGAUCGCCGUGCGGCAGGGCGCCGAGGCGCUGCAGAGCGAGGACGGGGAGACCACGAGCCACCUGGUGGGCAUGUUCUACAGGACCAUCCGCAUGGUGGAGAACGGCAUCAAGCCCGUCUACGUCUUCGACGGCAAACCCCCCACGCUGAAGUCGGGGGAGCUGGCCAAGAGGACCGAGCGCCGCGCCGAGGCCGAGAAACACCUGCAGGAGGCGCAGGAGGCCGGCGAGGAGGAGAACAUUGAGAAGUACAGCAAGAGGUUGGUGAAGGUGACCCAGCAGCACACUGAUGAGUGCAAGAAGUUGCUCAGGCUGAUGGGCAUCCCCUACGUGGAGGCACCGGGAGAGGCUGAAGCCAGCUGCGCCACCCUGGUGAAGGCUGGCAAGGUCUACGCUGCUGCCACGGAAGACAUGGAUUGUCUGACCUUUGGCAGCCCUGUGCUCAUGAGGCACCUUACUGCCAGCGAGACCAAGAAGCUGCCCAUCCAGGAGUUUCACCUGAACCGGAUUCUGCAGGACCUGGGCCUGACCUGGGAGCAGUUUGUGGACCUCUGCAUCCUCCUGGGCUGCGACUACUGCGAGAGCAUCCGCGGCAUCGGGCCCAAGCGCGCCGUGGAGCUCAUCAGGGAGCACAAAACCAUCGAGAAGAUCGUCCAGCAGAUAGACACCAAGAAGUACCCUCUGCCCGAGAACUGGUUGCACAGAGAGGCCCAGAAGCUCUUCUUGGAGCCCGAGGUGGUCGACCCUGAGGCGGUGGAGCUGAAGUGGAGCGAGCCUGACGAGGAGCAGCUGGUGCAGUUCCUGUGCGGGGAGAAGCAGUUCAGCGAGGAGCGGAUCCGCAACGGGGCCAAGCGGCUGCUCAAAAGCAGGCAGGGCAGCACGCAGGGCAGGCUGGAUGACUUCUUCAAGGUGACAGGUUCCAUCACCUCAGCCAAGCGUAAGGAGCCAGAGACCAAGGGCUCAGCAAAGAAGAAAGCCAAGACCAACAGCGCCACAGCCACCAAGGCUAAAAAGGGGAAGUAGACUGAGCAACCACAGCCCCUCCCCGUCCCCCACGCUUGGUUUCUGUGCCCAAGCAGGAAUUUUAGGCUACUAAAUGGUAUUUUUUUCUCUUGGCUCUGUGUUAGUGCUAAAAAGGAUGCUGCUAAAGAGCUUCCCACAAGGCUAGGUUAGUCAAUCCGUAGGAGAUCCUGCACAGCAGUAGUGAUGCGUGAGGCUGGCAGAGAAGAGAGCAGCAUGAUGGGUUAGAGGAGUGAGGAAGAGGGACAGCUCAGCAGCUGCUUUCCUCUGUUUGAGGCUUUGGAGGAGGCCACCGAGCACCAGAAGCAAUAUCCAAGCUGUGAGUUAAAGGGAGCAGCUCACAAACACCACCUCUGAGUAAAGAAAGGAGAAGUUGAACAGCUGGAGAGCAAAGUGGGUGCAAAUGAGGGGGAAGGCAUUAGGAAUGGGAGCUGGAUGGUUUCUCCCUCAUGGACAAGCAGGGAGGACAGGCAGCAGAGGGUGAAGUCAGGGAGGUGUGGGUGGAAGGCAAGUCAGAGUUAGGAAGCAGGCUAGAAGUAAUGAGGUAAGCUGCUCCCAUGAACAAGGAUUUGCUGUGGGCCCUUCCUUCCAUUUCUUUGCUCUAAAAUCCCCAGUUGCAAACCCAACUCCAGCCAAGUCCUGCCCUCCUCUUACUGCUUCAACUUAGCAUGAGUUGAGCUGAGGCUGCAACUCUCCAAAGCCUCAUUUUUUCCCUCCUAAAUUCUGUUCCAAAAGAUAAAGGUUAGGAAGUGUUGAAGGGAAGCUUCUACACUCCCUGAGGCAUCCUUCAGUGGUUGUACACACAGAGACAGGUCCUAGACCAAGGAGAAAAAGAAAAUGGUGCCUCUUUCCCCCACUUUUUUCCCCCCUGUUUUAUUCUUUGUUUUGCAUAGUGAGGUUUUUUUUCCCCUUAUCAAAGCCAUAUGUUGUGGUUUGGAAUAAAAUCUAUCAACCAA